AACUCUUUGAACAGAUUUUUGACUAUUUCAAAACAAAAUGCCGUUGAUAUUAAUGUGUGGAUUUCCGUCUAGUGGUAAAACGAAACGAACACAAGAACUCAAACAAUACCUCAGUGAAAAUGAGCCUAAUAGAGUAGUUCACCUUGUCACCGAAGAUGUCGAUUUAUCAAAGAAUGAAUUAUAUGCAGAUCCUCAAAAAGAGAAAAUUUCAAGAGGAAAUAUGAAAUCAUCAGUGCAAAGAUUAUUAAAUAAAGAAGAUUUUGUUAUUCUAGAUUCUUUAAAUUAUAUUAAAGGUUACCGAUAUGAAUUAUUCUGUGUUAGUAAAUCUUGUCAAACCCCACACUGUGUUAUAUUAUGUGAUAUUAGUCCAGAAAAUGCUGAAAGAUUCAACAAAUCGCGGCCAGAAAGUGAACAAUAUGAUGAUAAAAUUUUGGAAGGUUUAAUACAGAGAUUUGAACCACCGGUAUCAACGAAUAGAUGGGACAGUCCAUUGUUUACAGUACAGAUAGAUGAUACCCUACCAUUUCAACUUAUCUUAGAUAGUUUAUUAAAACGUAAACCACCACCACCCAAUGUCUCUACACAAUGUCAACCACUAUCAUCAACCAAUUUCCUGUAUGAAUUAGAUAAAAGAACUCAAGAAAUAGUUACCGAAAUAAUGAGUAGUCAGAAAUUAAGUAUUAUCGGUGAUUCUAUAUCGAUUCCUGGAGCUACAGAUAAAAUAAUAUUAACUAAAAACUUGACUAUCGGAGAAUUACAGAGAUAUAGACGACAAUUUAUAACCUAUAGUAAAAUGCACCCUGUCGACGAUUCGAAUAAGAUAUCCAAUAUGUUUGUACAAUACCUCAACAAAAGUUUGCAAUAGCCG